GCGAAACACAUUAUAAAGAGCGGUUCUCCAGAGACAUGAGCAUGACGGGAGCUCUUUUCUAGAACUAUUAACAUCAAGCGCGGACACAAAGGGCGGGAAAUAAGCAUCUGGAUUAUACUUCUCCAUGUGGAUUCCAACCGGUCCACAAACGAGCAACAGCAAAUAAUGUCAAAAGACUUCCGCCCCUGAUGAAAGAGGAGUGACCCGUUUAUCCUCCUCUUGUCCCACUUCAUCUACAGAGGCUGCUGAGGCUGAAGAGCGUCCCUUCAGCCCGCCUCAUCUCGCCACCAUUUCUUCAAUAAUUUGGUCCUCAAGUAUUUCAAAACUGUUUCUCCAACGCUUUUUCCAGAAACUCAGACUGUUUUCCAAAGCAGAAGCAGCACAGCCCUCCCAGACUGAGGUGAUGGGAAGUGUGCGAGCUAGUCGCUACAACAUUGUGUCAUCAGAGGAGGACGGCAUGAAGCUUCCCACUAUGGCAGUUCCCAAUGGCUACAGCAAUGGAAAAGGCAAGGUGCACACAAAGCACCAGCCGCAGAGCAGAUUUGUCAAGAAAGAUGGUCACUGCAACGUUCAGUUCAUCAACAUGAGUGAGAAGAGUCAGCGGUACCUGGCUGACAUCUUCACCACAUGUGUGGACAUCCGCUGGAGGUGGAUGUUCAUCAUCUUCUGCCUGGCCUUUCUCCUGUCUUGGCUGUUCUUUGGUUGUGUCUUCUGGCUGCUGGCCAUCUUUCAUGGAGACUUGGAAAACACGGACGCGCCUAAGUGUGUUACCAAUGUGAGCAGCUUCGUUGCUGCUUUCCUGUUCUCCAUCGAAACUCAAACUACCAUCGGUUACGGCUACAGAUAUGUGACGGAUGAGUGCCCUGUUGCUGUUUUUGUGGUGGUUUUCCAAAGCAUAGUGGGCUGCAUCAUUGACGCCUUUAUCAUUGGUGCAGUGAUGGCAAAAAUGGCCAAACCCAAAAAGAGAAAUGAAACUCUGGUGUUCAGUCAUAAUGCCACAGUGGCCAUGAGGGACAACAAGCUCUGCCUGAUGUGGCGUGUGGGCAACUUGCGUAAAAGCCACCUGGUUGAGGCACACGUGCGAGCCCAACUCCUCAAAUCCAGAACAACAGAAGAAGGGGAGUACAUUCCCCUCGAUCAGAUGGACAUUGAUGUGGGCUUUGACAGUGGAAUUGAUCGAAUCUUCCUGGUCUCGCCAAUCACCAUCGUCCAUGAGAUCGACGAGGACAGCCCGUUCUACAACACGAGCAAACAGGAUCUGGAGAAUUCAGAGUUUGAAAUUGUGGUCAUCCUGGAGGGCAUGGUUGAAGCAACAGCUAUGACCACACAGUGCCGCAGCUCCUAUGUGGCCAACGAGAUCCUCUGGGGUCACCGGUUUGAGCCUGUGCUGUUUGAGGAGAAGAACUACUACAAGGUGGACUACUCCCGCUUUCACAAGACCUAUGAGGUACCCAGCACACCUCUGUGCAGUGCCAGAGACCUCGCAGAGAAAAAAUACAUCCUGUCCAGCUCUAACUCCUUCUGCUACGAGAAUGAGAUGGCACUGGAAAACAAGGAGGACACGGAUGAGGGCAACGGGAGUAGUGUUGGUCCUGAUGGCACCCAGACUGACAACAUCUCAGACAUGGAACACAGCCAAGCCAUGCUGCCGCUAGAGCCGCGGUCUUUGAGGCGAGAGUCAGAGAUAUGACAGCUCAGUUUGGACGCGCAGAGUUUCCUCUGAAUCACCCUCUGCUCUGAAAUGCACAAUGAGCUGAGCUAGCUGCUGGAAGCUAAUUGAACGGUACUCCUGUGAGAAGCAGCAAAAAGUUUGAGUCUACCUGAACUUUGACAACACACACUAUGACAAAACACAGCACUAUGACGCAUGAUUCUUGCAGAAAGAAUUCUCCUCCGUUCCCCAUGAAUGUGUGCUGCUCAGUGUCUGCAAAGAGGAAGCAGGUGGAUGUGAUGACUUGAAGACUUAAGAAAUGUCUGUCUAGCGAGAACAAGAUGCUUUUAGAUUUUUGUUCCUGUUUUAAAGUUCUGGAACGUGGUAGAACUUGCACUUGAAGAGAAAAGUUCAUUUUUGAUGCAUUAACAAAGAAACUAAGGAUGUCUGGAACAAUGAUUAUUUGUUCAUGAGCUGGUCUCAUAGUGAACAGACGUCACUGAGUGUAAUUUCUGAAAUGCAAUAAAUCAAACAACGUGCAGAGACCUUUCCUUAGAGACGACGGCGCUGGUUCUCUGAGCUUUCACUUUGACAUGAAUCACUUUAGACGACUGCUCAGAAAGGACCAGGCUGCAGAGCGAAACAUGCUAAUAGUUCAAGUUGAAUGAUCAGAGCAGACUGGGAUCAACAACAUCACACUGACAGAGAUUAUUUUAAUGCAGACCAGGGUUUAUAUGAGAAUCUGAAUGUUCUUAAAAGUGCUGCUAUGGUGUUGCUUCUGGUUCCUUUCUGAUAUAAAAAAUACCAAAGAGUGUUUCUAUCCAGGUUGUGUGUUCUUUAAAAAUACAACACUAGGUUUGGUACAUUUUGUUUUUGAAGUGGGUGUGUACAGUUUAUUUUUCAAUCUUUAUCUUGAGCCACAUCAUCAAGCCUUAACGGGUCAGCGGUAAAACUUAUUCAAAGAAAGAUUCACUGAAUCAAAAAUUCUGAUUGGAAUGGACAAUAAUUCCUCUAGGCAUCAGCCUGAAACACUUAGUUUUAAACCUGCAUUUAAGGUUGUAAACAGUGAAUAUUCUUAGAAAUCUGGCACAAGGUCGGCUGCAAAAACACACAGCCCGUCUCUGAAGCUGUGGGAUUUUUUAUACUGGCAUCAGAGUUUACGUCAGACUUUGUUUACUCUGCAGACUACCUAAGUCUCUGAUCUGUGUUGAUGAAGUUAGAGGCCAAAUGUACUGUAAGCCGAACACAUGACGCUGUGCUGCACAAGACUCAAUACAAAUGUAUAUCCUGCAUUUUCUUUUAUUAUUAUUUUUUUAAACGGACGUGGAAAGCUGCUUGGCUCCAUGGAUUUACCUGUAAAUGCCUUCCUCCCUGUUGCAGUUACUUUAUCAGUCUUCCAAAUGCCCAGCAAAACUACAGAAUGUACAGGUUUUUGUAUUAAUGUUAUUGUUAUUAUUGUACAUUAUAUUAUAUAAAACUUUUUCAAUAAAAUAUUGGUGAGGAAACAUAAUAAGACUCUUAUUUGUUUGCUUCCUUGUUUAUUAACCAAUUAACCAUUAAAAAAAUGAAGUUUAGAAAAUACACAAUUUAUCAUCAAUCGUGCCGUUUUUAAUCUUGGUAAGAGUAGAUGACAGAUUUAUCGAGUGAUUCAAAUCUUGAUAAGUUCGGGUUCUAAUGUUUAUAAGAAAUAACAUUUGAAAAAUUAGCUGGAAUGGUAUAAAAAAUAUUGGUGAAGCCCCAAAUUAAAACAUCACACAGUUUAACGUGCUUGAAAUUUAAACACAAAAUUCAACAGCGAAAAAAAAAAACGGACUGUAAUGUCCCUGAAUUAAAACAAUGGAAAAAAUGUGAAUCUGAAUAAAAGUGUUGUAAAAAAAAUGAAAUUCAAGAUCCAAACAGAAGCUCACUGAAAUGAGCUACUUCUUCUGUUCCAAGUCC